AUGUAUGGCAGCUUUAUUACACCACCUGAUGAUGCUGGAGCUGCCUUUGGUGUGCUCUUUUGGCAUAAGGAUGGUUUCUCUACGGCUUGCGGUCACGGAACGAUUGCGCUUGGAUACUGGGCUAUCGCAAAUGGUAUCGUCAAGGCUCCAGAGUCUGGAGAGGCCAAGGUCGACGUUGUGAUCGAUGUUCCAUCUGGCCGUGUGGUGGCUAGUAUGAACAUCGUUGACGGCAAAGCUGUUGGUGCCGACUUUAUCAACGUGACGAGCUACAACCCACUGUACCAGUUGGUCGAGUCAUUGCCUGCUGCCGUGCCCUCGCGAGGAACCGAAGUGAAGGUCGAUUUGGCAUUUGGCGGAGCUGUCUAUGCUACCUUGGAUGCGGACCAGCUUGGGCUUAAGGUAGAGCCCAAGAAUGUCAACGAGUUUAUCAAGAUUGGGCGGGAAAUCAAGGCUUCGCUGGGAACUCGAGCUCAUUACGGAACAUACGAUUGUUACGGAGUCAUCUUUUUCAACGAAGAGGGCGAUGAUGAGGGAGUUGUUCGGCAAAGAAACGUCACAGUGUUUGCAGACGGCCAAAUUGACCGAUCGCCCUGUGGCUCUGGCUCAUGUGCUCGACUCGCAGUCUUGUUUGCUCAGGGAAGAGUAGCGCCCGGAAAGGCAAAGCUACUACACCGAUCGAUUAUUGCGUCGCAGUUCCAGGCAGAGGUCUUGUCGGAGGAGAAGUCGCCCGUGGAGGGAUUCCCUGCGUGUAUUCCUCGUGUGACGGGCGAGGCAAAGUUGUGUGGGAGGAUGAGUUUCUAUAUUGAUCCUUCAGAGGACAUUUAUCCUGGAUUUCUUCUACGGUAG